GGAACGAGAAAAAUAAAAAUGGCUCCGAUACAUAAAAGCAGUAAAUCUCGCCAAAAAUAAUUUUCAUUUUAAAUCAAUUUCAAACCAGUUUACGUGAAUAAAUCUGUGUCGAAAAGUUAAAAGAGAUUGCAUAAAAAUAUUAGCAAGUAUUUUUCGGGUGGAAAGUUCAGGUUUUGUUUGUUUUAAAGUGAUAUAAAUUUCGUGUGCUCUCACCGUCUGUCCCACAAAGAAAAGCACGUAAAGGUACGGUGGCACAGUGAACACGAAUGUGAAAGCAAAUCGAAAAUAUUAGUAAAUUUUUGUGCAACUGUUGAUUAUUUAUUGCACAAACAGAAUCUCGUUGAAGAAAAUUUUAUUGCGAAAGCAAUGUGAAUAUAUAAAUGAGUGUGAAGUUCAAUUUUUAAGCGGCUCUAUAUGGUUUUAUUGCUUUUGGUCGAAGAAUAGAUUGGGGGCUGGAGAGAAAAAAGGGGUAGUGCUUUUGGAUGAAGAGAAAAUCUUAUUGGGGGGAGCUAUUGAAAUCGCGCCGAAAGGAAACUACAUAAAAUUACAACAAAAACACAUUUGACAUUUUGUGUUGUGUUUACUAGACGUCGUGGUGAAAAUAAAAACAAUUGAUAUGUGGUGAACUAAAACGCGGCUAUCAUGCGCCGCCUGCAUAAAUAUAAAAGAAAACAAAAACAAAAAACCUGUUUAAACUUUAUUGAACUUUAAAAACAUGCAUAAUUAUAUAAAGAACCAUGUACAUGAAUAAUGAGUUCAGUGAAUUUUUUCAUCAAAAAAGUGGAUUGUACUGUGACUUGUUUCAACCCUUGAAAUUUAGAAAAAAAGCAAUCUUUGUGAAUUAUGUACACACUUUCAUCAAGAGGGCAAACAAAACUUAGCAAAUAUCUAUUAAAUAAAUAAAUAAAUAAAAAAUUCAAAUCGUUCCGAAAUUUCAAGUUCAAAUAAAUGUAUAUAAAAAGCAUAAUUACAAAAAAUAGUUAAAUUUUUACAAUAUCCAACAAACAACGUCACAAUCUGGAGCACCGUAAUUGAUUAAUUUAACACGAACAUAAUGUCUCGUUGGGGCAAAAAUAUUGUUGUCCCCAUGGACGUACUUUGCAAGGGUGAGGAAUGUACCAAUCGUCCAACUGUAGCACGUUCUGUCGGUACGGUUGGUAAAUGGGGCAAAAUCGGGUUUACGUCUACCCGUACUUAUGCUUUAGCUGCACUAUCACCGGCCGUAGCUGCGGCUGCUGCUGCUGCUGCUGCAGCAGCGAGUCCUGCUCAAAGUCCAGCAUCAUUACUUGACGAUGACAUGUCACCAUCGGUACCGGAACCCCCAAAACCCAAGAAAUUUUUUAAAUCACGUAAUACUGCGCCACCGGAGGUGAUUGCACAAAUCAUACAGAAUAUGCCCAGAACACCGGCUUCGCCUAUACGCGAAAGUUAUUCGGCUGGAACAUCAAAUGCUGGUUCGAUUGGCACUCCAGUACGUGAACCAAUCAAAAUGAAAUUACCAAAAGCAAAUUCUGGGGAGCGUAAGAAGAAAUCACCGAAGAAAGCUAUUGCUAAGCAAAUGGCAGCGGAAGAGGAUGACAACGCCACUGGGGAUAUUUCUACGCUAGGUGCGAAUAAGCCGGUAAGCGAAUCUAAGCAAAAAAAGAAGAAAGAGGAGAAAAAAUUAAAGCCCGAAGCACCUCCGUCACGUGUUAUUGCCCGGGCGCGUAAAGUGGUUAACUAUUGUGAAGAUGAUGAAGACGAGCGCAUACCGACUCCACUGAAAGAUAUCAUAUUUCCUAAAAAUAAACCUGCUAAAUCAGAUGAAACUGGGGUACCUAACGCAGACGAUAGUAUAAAAAGUAGUGCGACUAUUGAACCAGAUCUACCGCCUCCAGCAACACCCGCACCAACAGCUGUUACAGUUAGUGCGACAUUAAUCGGAAGCGUAGCAUCAACUUCGACGACAGUCGGAACAACUUACACGCCGAAAACACCUGAACACCCACCAAUAGUGCUGAGAAUUUCUAAGGGUACCUCUCGUUUGGUGAGUACUGAUAGUGAAGAGCAACCUAUUACCAAUAACAUCUCAUCUCCACACCAACACUACGAUACCGAGCCAUCAAAAUCUCGCCAAGCGUCUACAGAAGAAGUUCCUUCCACACAUCCUCCGCCGGUAUAUAAUACGCCAAAGAUCAUUGUAAAACCACUGCGACCGCCUUCUCCGGAUCCAGUGUUGCCGCCGCCUACCCAACCCGCUCCUCAAACUGCACACGUAUCCAAUCAAAACUCUGAAGAUCCAUCCGAAAUCAAUUAUUCGACUGUGAAAAUUUCACCGGAUAAACCGCCUAAAGAACGAUUAAAACUUAUAAUUAAAACAGACGUGAUACGGAACGCCAUAAAAGCCGCCGAGGCAGCUAAAGCUGCUGCAGCAGCCCAAAAAGCAGCCGCCGCCGCAGAAUCAGGCAGUGCCUCUGGAGGUGAACGUGAAAAGAAACAGAAAAGUAAAAAGCAUAAACAUUUGAAACACGUGGCUUUAGAACAAGCAAAUAUUGCCGCAACUGGAAGUGAAUUUAAAACGCCUUCUCCGCAUCUGGCAUUUAGUGCACACAUUGAACAACAACAUCCACAGCCGACGCCCAUAGGACGCACAGUGAUUUCUCCACCUGCGCUGUCGGAACGUGACUUUGAUUCGCAAUCAUCUGUGCUGGGCAGCAUUUCGUCUAAAGGUAACAGUACGCCACAGCUUUUGGCGCAGGCGGUGCACGAAGAAAGUUGUGUGAUACACAGUCGUGGUUCUAGUGUUAUAACCAGCGAUUUAGAAACGAGUCAACAUUCCUCAUUGGUAGCCCCACCUUCCGAUAUAGAGUCACGGUUAGAAUCUAUGAUGAUGGACGGUGAAGUGAGUCAGCGAGCAACGAAUUUGGUAGAAGAGCCACUACAAGAAGAUAUAUUAGCAGUACUGCGCGGCGACGAAAGUCUUCAUUCCGUAGCUGCAGCUAAUAUUGAGUCUGAUGAACCCAAAGUGAACGGCAUAGCGGAUCCGAUGGAUGUUCCAGAAAUGGAAACACCUACAGAGCUGCAAAGAGAAGAAGUCGAAGAACAAAGUACAACAAAACGACGUGUCACACGAGGGCGUGGUCGAGGUGCAAGAGCAAACUAUGCGGAAGAUGAGGAUGAAAACAGUCAAUCUCCACAGAAAACUCAACCGGCCACAACAACGAGAACACGAGGGCGCAAACCAGCAGCUACCGUGGCCUCUACCGUCAUCAGCGAGGAAACUACUAAACGCCCAACAAGAGGGCGACCAAAAAAGGUAGCUCUUGUAACUGAGGAGCAUAUACCAUCACCAACAGAUAACGACACAUCUCCUGAAAAAGGUGUCGUGGAAUUGGAAAGCUUACCUACAACAGGGGUUGCUAUACAGCAAACCAACGAUAGUAUUGAAACACCUGCAAUCGCUACGGCACCCGUCACACGUCGCGGACGCCAACCUCGUAACGUUAGCAACAACAACAACGUAAAUAAUAACAAUAAUAAUAUUAAUAAAAUCGCCGCCAGUUUAUCAGCUAAAGCUGGUGCCGCCGAAGAGGCUGCAGCAGCAGCAACAAAAAGUGGCGCCGCGAGUACAUCACCCCGAACAGGUAGCACACCACCAGCGCCGCGUAGUUAUGGCAGAAAGCGUAAGAACCAACAAGUUACUCAAGUGUUGCAGCCAUCGGCCGAAGAACUCGAGGAACAACAGCAUGGCACGCCUGCGAAAUUGGCCAAUAUAGAUUACCACGAUUCGGCCACAUCAAAUGAUUUGAACACAUCACAGUUAUCCGCGCAACUACAAACCGCCUCAUUGACACCAACACUGGAGCUGCAUGACAACAACUCCAAUUCCAAUUCACUCACCCGUCCAGCAAGUGCAACACCGUCAUCGCCACCACGGCGUGACUACAAAGUCAAAGACAAAUUCAAACGUACACUAACACUAGACAAUCAAGUAAAUUGUAAUGCAGUCGUCGAAUCGCCAACAGCUGGACUCUUGGCCGAACAUGUGGUGUACGGCGUCUGCAAUGACGCCUCUACCGGUGCGAAUGGCGAGGAAGAACAACAACGUGGUUCCGUGAAACUUGUGAUCUCUAAGAAGAAAGGUAGCAUAUUUAAGAGUCGUGCACUGGUGCCACCCGAUCAGACGGAUCAAACGGCGGCUUCUAAACGUCAUCUGUACAAACAUAGUUGGGAUGCUGAGGCGAACGGCAGCACCGCGAACGAUGUGAACGCGUCCCCAUUGCAAAAGAAUGAUACGCUUGCACCGCCUGCAGCCACACGUACAGCGGCCGAUGCGAUUUUCGAUGACUUCAGCGAGGAUCUAAGUCCGAGCGCCAUAUCGCGUGAUAACAGCCCAGCUAUAGGCAAACUCACACGCGUAACAAAAGCUAGCAAUGCGCAAAUCCGCUCCAACAGCCCGUACGAUAUGGACAUAGAUGCGCCGAGCGACACCGUAACGAGUGUGAAAAUCGAUCGCAAAGCUAAAGGCUUCUACACCGUUGUGCGUAAUGUGAAAACAGCGCAUCAAAUACAGGAAAUUGGUGAAUAUCAAGAAAUGGAUGAUGAUGUCGAGUACAUAUUGGAUGCGCUGCAACCGCAUAAUCCAACACCAACACGCUGUUUGUCAGCUCUUCAACUGGCAUCGAAGUGUAUGAUACCAACGUUCCGUAUGCAUGUACGCGCACAUGGCGUGGUUACUAAGUUUUUCAAGGCGCUUUCUGAUGCAAAUAUGGACCAGAGUCUAGGUCUCUGUACAUCUGCAAUUAUGUUUAUACUCUCACAAGAGGGUCUAAAUAUGGAUCUCGAUCGCGACUCGCUUGAAUUAAUGAUGAAUCUGCUAGAGUCGGAAAUUGUAGCAGCACCAUCGGAUCGCGCCAACUACGAACGCAAUCGUCAAAAGGUACGUGAACUCUGCGAGGAAAUAAAAUCUCAAGGCAAAGCGGCUCACCUCAAUGUGGACACGCUUACUGUUGGCACAUUGGCCAUGGAAACACUACUAUCGUUGACCUCAAAGCGUGCAGGCGAUUGGUUUAAGGAAGAGCUACGCUCACUUGGCGGCCUCGAACAUAUCAUCAAAACUAUUUCCGACAAUUGUCGUCCUGUAAUCGAUUGCAAUAAUGGCGCCACAAAUAUUCAAUGGACGCAAUCGCUACUCGACAAUAUGCAAACUGUCGAGCGUUGUAUGCGUGUGCUGGAGAAUGUAACGCAAUUGAACGAGGAGAAUCAACGGUAUGUAUUGACUUACGGUCAAGGCGAGGCGGUCCACACAUUAUGUUCACUAUUUACGCUAUGCGAUCGUGAGAUAAUGCAUCAUGUUGCCGAGUCAAUCGAGCAUUCUGCCAAAGAUAGUCCAGGAGUAGUAAUGCGCGAGCUCCUGUUCCCACUCCUCAAAGUGCUCAUCAAUUUAACGCACACAUUCAAUCCAACAAAAGCGUUGGGUGCCGAAUUGUUGGGUCAACGCAUUGCUGUAAUCGAGACAAGCUUCCGUCUGUUGCUGCAGGCACCUAACUACAUUCCUGAACGUUGUGUCUUUGAGCUGAGUAUUCUGGUGCUGCUGUUGCUUAUCAACCUUACCAUGUAUACGAUACCUAAUCGCGUGGCGAUAAUGCGAAUUUAUGCGCCACCCGAAUACAGCAGUCAUCAACAUAACAAGGUGACUGCUGUGCAAGCUGUGAUGGAGUAUUUCUACGUAUGUGAGGAAUUCGCCAGAUUGGUCGAAAAGAAUACCGAUGCCAUUUUGGAUAGUACCGAUAAAAAUAAGAAGAAACAGGAGGAGGUUGAUGAAACUGUAAAUAACUUGCUGAAAAACUCCGGCCAUCACAUGGAGCACACUAUUAAGGGUAGCUAUGCUGCUCUGCUUAUUGGCCACAUAAUCACCGAUAAUGAGGAGUACGAAACGCUGGUGCGUAGACAUUUACGCGGAAAUAGCUUCAAAGAAAUUAUCAGUGUACUGGAGAAAUACUAUACAUUUAUGGAUCUGACUUGUUCGGAUGCUUCCGCUGUGGCGCAUAUUAAGUCGACAAAGACAUUAAUUGACUACUUCAAGAAACGUGAUUUAGUGUACGAGAUGAACGAAUCCGAUGACUGCGCGCUUCCCCUAAACUUAGAAACACAUCACGCUUCAACGUCGGCCACCAGCACAAACGCUGGUAUGGACAUUAUCGGCAAUGGCGAUAGUCCGACAAUGACAGCAACACGUAGCGGCGGCUCGCAACGCGUUUACAAAAGCUACAGUCAAAGAUAAUCACUAGACAAAUUUGUUUUAUACACCACAAUAGUUGUUGUAGUAUCAGUUUGUUGCAAAUUCGUUUUUCUUCUGAAAUUUGCACUUUGCGCAAAAUUUGCUAAAACUAACAUUUUAACACAAUAUUUCAAAUUAUUAAUAGCAAUUUGUUUAAUUUCACUAUAUAGCGAUAAAAUUGUUCUUUUUUGAUAUAAAUAGUUUUACUGUGCUCUAGAAUGUGUCUAAACUAAAUGUAUAAUUUUAAAAGUUUUACUGCACAAUCUUUUUAAUUAAACUUAAUUUUUUUUUAAUAAUACAUAUUUUCGUAUAUACUAUACUUGUUAAUUACAACGGUUAUAUGAUUGUAUGUAUAUGUAUUUUAAGUAGUCUAUAAGUUAAACUAAAAGUCAAGCUUGUAUCUUCAAACUACUUUUUUCACAUUUCUAACGACUAUUAUAAUUUGCUUAUAGUAAGUAUUACAUUUAUACUCAUUUAUGUGCAAAGAUAAGCUUUUGCUUUAUAUACAUACAUACAUACAUAUGUUACGUAUAAGAAAGACACGAACAAAAUGUUAUAGAUAACACUGAUUGGAUAUACAUAUAUACAAAUAUAAAUAAGUGUCUACCUUUCUAAAAACAAGAAAAAAAUAUAAAAAGUAACUAUUUGUAAUUCUAAUUGUAAUUGUAUUUUUAAGCAAUAUUAUUAUUAUUAUUAUCUAUUUCAAUUGUAAAUAACUUAGAAAUUGGAUAUUUCUGAUUUUACUUUUAUGCUAGUACGCACCGCAUGUAUGUACAUAUGUGCGUGUGAGUGUGUGAGUUAUAGUACAUACAAAUAGACGGUUAGCGUUUGUUUUGUUAAAACAUUCGUACUUGUAGUUUAAAUUAUGUUGCGCAACUAAUACGUAUAUAUAUGUAUGUUGUAUGUUUGUGCGAAAAUCGUGUGAAAAUUUUUAAUGUUGUAAUGUUGGCAAAAAGAAAAAAAAACAAAUGCAAAAAAACAAAAACACUAAAUUAAAUCGCAAAAAAAGAAAGCAAAACAUUAAAUUGAUAAUAUGCGUAGAUUACAAGAGUGUGAAAAAGUGCGUUGGGCGCAACAAUUUAGGCUACAAAAUGAAAACGAACGAAUUGGAUAUUUAGAUUACAAAAAACUUUAAUAUAAACACACCUAUAUAUAAAUAUAUAUAAUGAAACAAAACACAAAUGAGCUGAAUGUACUAAAAAAGAGGAGAUUCACACAAAAUUAGUAUUUAGAGAAGGAAAAAAUUCGAAAAAAUUAAUUUCAUAACUCAUAAAACACAAAUGCAUACAUUUUUGGAACAAAACAUACAUACAAUAUAUAUAUACAUAUAUAAAUAUAUUUAUUUUGUGUUUGAAAUUUGGCAUUAAAAUUUGCAACUGAAAGUGAAAUAAAUAAGAUUGUUUAUUUAAAUAAAA